ACUGUACCGCAGCCCCUGGUAGGGCUGCGGACAGCCUUGAAGCUACUGUGGGGGACGGUCGACCCGGAAAAGACGUUCAUGAGGCUGUUAUUUGCGGGCAGGGGGUGCUGGUGGCCGUUGGCAGGGUUGGCGACGCUGAUCGUUCGCUUGUCGCGGGCUUGCGGACGCUGGAGGCCUGGGAGUGAUGGCGGGACGUGCUUCAAGGUGCGCGCCGCCGACGGCUGGGCGUGGCACAGUCCCGCCAGUAUCCUCGUCGCAGUGUGCUUCCCCGCCACGCUCUGGGAUUCUCCGGAAUCGCUACUGGAUUCUGCGCCACGGCAGAAGCAUCCCAAAUGAGAAAGGGGUGGUCGUUAGCUCACUGGAAAAUGGCGUCCGCCCAGAAAAUGGUCUUGCGCCAGUUGGCAUCGAGCAAGCCAAGGAAGCUGGCAAGAAGUUCAUCAAGGAACUGAAGGAAGAAGGUCUCGGCGAGGCGGACUGGGCCAAUAAAGUUCACAUUGUCUCGUCGCCAUUCAGCAGAACGCUUGAUACGUCGACAGCAGUCAUGCAAGUGUUCCCUGUAAAGGUGAAAUUUGAGGUGAUUCCAGAGCUUAGGGAGAGGUACUUUGGCCCUGCUAUGGAGCUUCAGUCUGCAGACAAAUGGUAUCCAGUGGUCUGGCAAGUGGAUCGGGCAGACUAUUGUAGAGGUCCAGAGGGAGGGGAGAGUGUGGUGGAUGUCGCAAUCCGCAUGGCUGGUGUGGUGGCAAGACUGGAAAAGGAACUGAAAGGGUGCGCUAUCUUGUUGGUGAGCCAUGGAGACCCUCUGCAGAUUAUCCAGGCAGCAUGCAAGCCAUUCAAGGAUACCCAGUUGCAGUCGUCUGGGAGGAAGCAAGAUGGAUCGAGUCGGCCUCAACUGUUUGACGGUCUCCUCAAUUGCAUCAAUCAGAACGGACAGGUGGGACUCAGCUGUGAAAUGGGGAAAUCCCUUGCGCGUCACAGAGACUGGCCUUUGGAAACAGCUGAGCUAAGGCGGCUGCUAUGACAUUACGUGACUGGAUUUUGUAAGGCUUGGGGCGCUAACCAGGUCAACAGAUCGGCGUGCUGUGCACGUAUACGUAGAUCGGACAUCGGGCUACAGUUGGCAGUCUUUUAUUUCUUUUAUUAUUUCCAUAAAGUUGCCAAUCGGAGCACUGAAUCGGCGAAAAAAAGAAAUAAUCCUUCACCAAUCACAUAAUCUUUGGCUUUGUGAUCAACAAUCAUUACAAAAUCAGUAACGGUUGAUAAAAGAGUAACUUCUCG